AUGAUCAAAGUUUAUAUUAAAUCGGGUCAAAAUAAGUGGGAGGUUAGCAUAGACGCCAGUAAGACGGUGGGAGAGUUCAAAGAAGAAAUCAGUAAGGUAUCUGAGAUUCCAGCUGGAAACCAACGUCUCAUUUACUCUGGUAAGAUUUUGAAAGACGACCAAACGGUAGAAAGCUAUCAUAUACUGGAUGGGCAUUCGGUGCACUUGGUAAAAUCUGGUGGAAACAAUGUUAGUGGCGGCGCCACUGGCGCGGCGGGGGCCACUGGUAGAAGUGGCAACGGUAGUGCUAAUGCCGGUGGCAACGCCGAAAGCGUACCCUCAAACUUAAGUGCCGGUCAAGCCGGUGGCUUCAAUCCGCUAAGCGAUUUGACGGGUGCUCGUUACGCCGGUUAUACCAAUUUGCCCUCUGCUGAUAUGUUCGGGCCUGAUGGCGGAUUGACCAACAUGCCCAACCAAGAUGAUAUGUUGCGUAUGUUGGAUAAUCCUAUUAUGCAGUCACAAAUGAACGAGAUGUUGAGCAACCCGCAAAUGAUCGACUUCAUGAUUCAGUCCAAUCCUCAAUUGCAGGCCAUGGGCCCGCAGGCGAGACAGUUGUUGCAAAGCCCUUUUUUCAGACAAAUGUUGACGAACCCACAAAUGCUUAGACAGGGCAUGCAACUCGCAAAUACCAUGGGCUCCAGCGGAUUAGGAGGAGAUGGUGCAGCUGCAUUUCCUGCACCAGGCGAGCCAGGUUCAGAACAGCAAGAACAGCGUGGUAAUGAUACCAAUGCUAAUGCGGAUGCGGGUGCUGUUAACCCAUUGGCCAGUAUGUUGAAUCCAGGUAGCAAUCCAUUCGCAGCAAUGUUGAAUAGCGGUAAUUUUGGAGCAUCUGCUGGUGGUGGUGCUGCAGAUACCACCGGUGGCACCGGUGCCAGCUUACCUGCAUUUGAUCCUUCUAUGCUGUCGUCUUUGCUGGGAAUGCCACAAGCUCCCCAAGCUACUGCACAAGACAACAGACCACCUGAAGAACGUUACGAACAACAGUUGAGACAGUUAAAUGACAUGGGAUUUUUUGAAUUUGAUAGAAACGUUGCGGCGCUAAGACGAAGCGGUGGAUCUGUUCAGGGAGCACUCGAUAGCUUAUUAAACGGUGAUGUCUGA